AUGCUUGGUUAUUCAAGUGAACAAGAGAAGAGACAAUAUCAAGGUAAACUACACAAGAUGACAGUGGCAGAAACCGAUGGAUUACCGUACCUGCUGCCAUUGGCAGAAGGAUAUCCCUACAUGAUAACUUCUAACAUAGAUGUCGCUGAUGGGUUAGUAAAUGGAUCUAUUGGUGUCUUGCGACAUAUCGAACGUCAGCAGUCAAAUGUAGAUGACAAUUCUGCAGAAGCAGGACCAUCGACCAGUACAACUUCGCCAGCAGCUAGAGAAGAAAUUGUUACUUUAUGGUUCGAGUUUCCAGAAGAAACAAUAGGAACCACAGCCAAAGUUAAAUGUCGACCUCACGUGCAAAGCAAGCCAAAUACUUUGUCUACAAACUGGGUACCAGUUUAUAAGAAAAUAGUAAACAUUACACUAACAAAAACUAUAAAAUGCAAACGAAAACAGUUUCCUUGCGUUCCUGCUUGUGCCAUCGCUAUUCACAAGUCACAAGGUGGGACGUUUGCUGUCAUUGUUUAUAAAUACUCAUCCAAGCAACCGCAACAGUUGGUGUACGUGGCGCUGAGUCGGGUAACAAGUUUAGAAGGCUUGCAUAUUAUCACCGAAAAAGAUGCUCCAUUUCGGUUUAAACAUGGACGGGAGGGAAACGAUUCACAGACAACAAGAGAUAUCCGUAACGAAUACAUUCGACUUCGUGGACACACACUUCGAACAAUUACUGAUAAUGCAGUAAAAUUCUGUAAUGACUCAAACAAUGCAGGACAAACUUUAAUAACGAACCUUAAUUCACAGAGUUUGCCUGCUCACUUUGCAGAUAUUGAAAAAGACACAGUGAUUCCAAGGUCUGAUUAUUUGAUUCUGACUGAAACGUGGAUGCGUGACAAUUGUGAUCCAAUUUCAAUUGAAAGUUUUGAAUGUGUAACCCGGCAGAAUAAUCGAUCAGAUUCUGAAACAAAUGCAGCAGGUGGAGUGGCAAUUUAUAGAAACUUAUCAUCGACAUCCACAGCCAAAAUUCUCAAUGUUGAACUUUCAGAUACAACCCGCCUUAUUAGAAACACUGGUGACGUUUGCUUAGCAGAAGUUACAUGCUUCACCGUUGAUACCACGUUCAAAAUGGUUCUUGGCGCAGUUUAUAUUCAUCCUGGAGCAAGUAUUUCUAACAUCAGUGUUCUGCUACAUCAAGCACUAUUUCCGUAUGUUUAUAACAGCCAGUAUGUACAUCCCAUCAUGGAAGUUGAUACCGAUAUACCAAUUCUUCUUUGUGGCGACUUCAACACAAAUGUGAAAAAUGACGAAACAUUCAUCAAAUUCAUGAAAGAAAUGUUUAAUGUCGAUUGUGCAUCAGACGUUAAUAACUCAACAACAUUAGGAGGCACCACCAUCGAUUUGACUUUUUCAAGACACAUUAAACUCGAAACACUCCCUUUCAUUUCCUACUUUUCCUAUCAUCGUCCUAUUCUCAACAGAAUAACACAGAUUGUAAGAAAUUAA